AGUGGUUUUGUUCUCAAUCCGCCCUCUUGCCAUAUAUACAGAAAGAGAAAACUCCGAAGGCAUAAAUAUUGAAGAAAAGAAAAACAAAGAAGCUUAUCGUCUUUUUUUUUCUAAAGAAAAGCUUAUUGUCCUCCUCUACCAUUCUUUCCUUAUAUUGGAAAAAACCCUAAUCAAAUGGGGAGAGGGAAAAUAGUUAUAAGCAGGAUCGAUAAUUCGACAAGUCGACAAGUGACUUUCUCCAAGAGAAGAAGUGGGUUGCUUAAGAAGGCUAAAGAGUUAUCAAUUCUUUGUGAUGCUGAAGUUGGUGUUAUCAUCUUCUCUAGCACGGGCAAGCUCUACGACUUCGCAAGCAAUUCAAGUAUGAAAAGUAUUAUUGGGCGGUACAAGCAAGUAAACGAGGAGCAGCAUCAACUACUGAAUCAUGCCUCAGAGAUUAAGUUUUGGCAAAGAGAGGUCGCGACUUUGCAGCAACAGCUCCAUUAUCUACAAGAAUGCCACAGGAAACUUAUCGGAGAAGAAAUUUCUGGAAUGAAUGCUAAUGAUCUACAAAACCUUGAAGACCAGCUAGAAAGAAGUCUAAAAGGUGUUCGUCUAAAAAAGGACCAACUUUUGACGGAUCAAAUUAGAGACCUCAACCUUAAGGGACAAAUCAUCCAAAAAGAGAACCAAGAGCUACAUAGUAUGGUAGAUAUCAUGCGUAAAGAAAAUUUUAAACUGCAAAAGAAGGUACAUGGAAGUCCAAAUGCCGUUGAAGGCAAUUCAAGUGUAGAUCGAGCAACCAAUCGAAAGGAAACAUAUGCACCACUGCAACUUGCACCCGUACAACUACAACCUCGUAGAGAAAAAUCAAUUAAUCUGGGGCUACAACUUCUUUAGCAAAAAUUGUUGGACAACUUUCGAUUACAAAUGUGGUCGUUUGUCCUGCGAUUACUUCGUGAAGUUUGUAUAUGAUAUGUGUCUUUUCUCAAAUUUAGUUUUAACUGAAGACUAGAUCAUGACCCGCUCGACUGAGCGGGAGUCAUUUUUUUAAUCUUUAUUUUUACUAAAUGUUAUACAUGAUCGCCAAUGUGUAUUAAUAUAAAAUUUUGAUAAAUAACAAUGUGUACUAAUGU